AUGUCGUCCUCGAAACCUCGCCAGCCUCGGCUACGCGCAUCCUGCGACGGAUGUUUUCUUGCGAAGGUCAAAUGCUCGAAGGCGAGGCCGAUUUGCUCGCGGUGUCUUGCCUGCGGCAUUGAAUGCCGAUAUUCGCCAUCAAGCCGGGCAGGAAAGCCAAAGUCAGACACCAGCUCCAGCAUGCAGAGCGCCGUCCCAACAGACAUGUCGAGCAUGUCGCCCGUCUCCGACGACAGGGGCAUGGUCUAUUCGGCCCACCAAGCAGUCCCAGGGCUGUAUAAGCUGGAGACGGGCUGGAGCACACCCCCUACAAGCGUUGAUGGGGGGCUGAGUCGCAGUCACUCCAUGUCGGGUCUGGCUCUGAUGGGCAUUGAGACGGGGUCCGCUGGCCAUGCCAACCCAACAGUCGCCGGCGACAUGUACUCGGCCGGUAUGCCGUGGACACCUCCAAACGACAUGGCUGCGCAUUAUGUCGAAUCCCCCGCCAUGUUAGGACAACUCGGCCAGGGCCACGGCCGAUCUCAAUCAUACGACUAUUCCAUGUCGGCAUCCGUGGCCACUUGGGCGGAUCCCAAUGCCCACGACAUGUACGCUUACGGCCAGUCGCAGCUGCCUAACCCCGGUAGCGUACCGGCAAACUUCUUCCCCAGCCCGACCGCGACACCCCAUUCGAGGCCCUCUCCGAGGCACAAAUCGUCGUCAACUGGUUCUGGAGGCCCCUGCACGUGUUUUACAGCCUGUCUGCAGUCGCUUCAGGCCCUUCAUAACGCCUCCUCGCCGGCAUCGCCACCCUCGUUUGAUAUGGUGCUCUCCCUAAACAGAAAAGCGGUUGAGGGGUGCGCCUCAAUGCUUAGCUGCUCGAGGUGCAUGAGCCGCUCGGGAACCCACACGGCAGCUAUGCUCCUGGCGACCGUCAUUGGCAAGAUCACAUCCUUUUACAAACAUGCUUCGCAUACCUACUUCGAGAACGGCGCUAUCAGUAGCGCGGCGUCCCCUACUGCUCUCGGGGUAAGCCUCGGAGCAUAUACUCUGAUCGGGGAAGAGGGCAGGUGGCUCGAAUUGGAAAUACUGGCACGGGAACUGCGGAAACUCGAAGAGGUUUACGCACAGUUCCGAGAGGUCUGUGCAGAUCUCUCAGAAGACCCAGAAGUCAGCAAGGCCAUGAUUGGGUAUCUCGGGCACACGCUCGGGUCGACCCUAGAAGUCAUCCAUCACAGAAAAGGCGACAUUCCCUAUUCAUAA